UUGGACACUGUCAUCCGCAGGCUCCCGGCCGCCGCCGACGGUUAACUCCGCGAGCGAGGCGAGGGAGGGGAGCUCGAGCGCAAAAAGAAGGGGGAAGAGCGCGCGCGAGAGGGGUCGGCACGCGCCGCCGCUUCUUCAGUUCUUUUCCGCUCCGUUUGGAAGAAAAUUCCCACUUUUCGGGUUCGGAAGCCCUUGGUCCGGCCGGGGUCCCCUGUGUCCGUUAUCGGUGUCCGCUGCCUCGGACGGAGGGAGAGACACUGCUGCUCGUGGCUGCUCUGUGGUGCGGAACACGCGUGGGGUCACCGGGAGCGGAGAACUGUUGAGUUUUCCCACAGCUAUGAUGAGUAUUUUCAGUGAGGGGAAAAAAAAAAAACUUUGAGUUCACACUUCACCGUGGCGGCCCUGGAAGCUCGAAGAGAUGUCUGCAGCACUGGCUGCUCUUCAGCUUUAACCGGUUUGUUAUGAAAGCACAGACACUGACUGACUGAAACGUGCGUGUGUUUGGUGGAAUCAGGAGCAGCUCUGUCCAGCGCGGGAUGCUGAGGUUACCUUCUUGCUGCUCGAAAGAGGCCUGAGAAGUGAAAGAGGUCCGCCAACGGACACGGAGACACUGAGGGCCAUGUGUGAACACUACUACCUCCCAAUAGCUGGUCCCUGACAUGGGAAAUACCAGCUGCACAUUGUCGCAAUUCUAAAAGGAAUUUUUGUCCAGUUGUUAGCCCUUUCUGUAAAAGCGAUGGCAAGCAAAAGGAAAUCCACUAUCCCCUGCAUGAUUCCGCUGAAAACGAUGCACGUGCAGGAGGAUAAGGAGCAGGAGGAAAGCCUGUCGGACUGUAAAAUGUCACAUUCGACCACCUUCCUCGCUGGAGAGGGCAUGAGCUCCCAGGAGGUCGGCGAGACCUUUGCAUCUGAAGGUGGAAGUGCACAGCGGGAAGGAGGAGCAUACACAUGUCCACCAUGCAGUUUUGAAUCCCAUGACCUAAACCUCUUCCUGGACCAUGUCUACAGCAGCCACACUGGCUUCCGAGCUGAGCCUAGCUUUAUUUGCGUGGACUGUGGAGUGUCUGCUACAAAGUUCGAAGGCUUGGCUCUACACAAUGCCCACACCCACCCCAGUACUGUAAAUACCACCCUUCAGGUGAAGAAAAGAGACCGGAGGAUUAUAGUGGAGCAGAUCCUGGUCAUGAAUGAGGGGUCCAAAGAGUCCGAAAUCUCCAUCACCAAGACGCCUAUCAUGAAAAUGCUGAAGGGCAAGUCAGAGCCCAAGAGGAUAGUGGUGUCCCACGCUGCAGACGAUUUGGACACUCUCUGCAGCAAGGAGACAGAGAAGAUGGAUCCUCCAGCUGUAACACACGUUCCCACCAUAGUGCACAAUGGCGCUUCCACAAAGAGCUCAGUCCCAACAGCCUUACAGGUUGUUAAUGGGUCUGGCGCUUUACCCAUGUUGAAAACAGCCAUCACCCAGGUGGUGUCAGUGGUGCAGAACCGAACAGUUCACCAGCAGUCAGUCCCCCUGACAGCCUCCGCAACAACAUCAUCUUCAUCUUCUCCCUCCUCCUCCACAGGUUCCAGAAAUCUCCCAAAGGUGAUGAUCCCUUUAAGCAGCAUCCCCACCUACAAUGCCGCCAUGGACACCAGCAGCUUCCUAAAGAACUCCUUCAGUAAGUUCCCGUACCCAACCAAGGCUGAGCUCUGCUACCUCACCGUGGUCACCAAGUACCCCGAGGAGCAGAUCAAGAUCUGGUUUACAGCUCAGCGGCUAAAGCAAGGGAUCAGCUGGUCUCCAGAAGAAAUUGAGGAUGCGCGCAGAAAGAUGUUCAACACCAUCAUCCAAACAGCUCCCCCUGUUCCUCAACAGCCACAGCAGCGCCACUCCCACCACAGUGCUGCCCAGCCCACCAUCACUGUCCUGCCUGCCUCUCUAGGCCCCAGCAACAUCCCUCAUAUUCUGCAGGGCAGCCUGGUGGGUCAGGGUGGGGUGAUUGUUACCCAGCCCAUGGUGGCCAACGGUAUCCAGGUCAGCAGCACCCCCAUGGCCCUAGCGGUCACCCCAAAACCACAGGUGGCGGCUAAGCCAGUGAUGCAAGCAAGACCUACAGCUGCGUUGGUUGCAGACAAGGUAGCGGGCACGGCUGCGGGAAGCAGCAGCAGCGUUAUCAUCAGUAGCAGCAGCGGCUCCGGAAAUCCGGCAAGCAGCACCGGGAACACUGCUAGCUCCACCGGGAACACAGCUAGCAACAGCAGCAGCACCAGCACCACUGCCAACAGCAGCAGCAGCAGCACUAGUGUCAGUACCACCAGCAGCACCAAAAGCACUACGACCAGCACCAUAAGCCACACCAGUGUUAUUAGCAUUGGCAGUGGAAACAGCAAAAUCAACAACCACAGCAGCAGUAAAAGCAGCCAAAAUGGCAGCAGCAACAGUAACAGCAAUGACACCAGCAGUAGUAGUAACAGCAGCAGCAAGAGUAAUAAAAUCAGCAACGACGAUGGCGUGAGCAGCAGUGAGGAAAAGAUGGCUGACCCAUUGCCACCUGUGCUCAACACUACCCACAGCUCCCGCACGCUUCCCAGCAGCUUUCUGGACCCCAGCUUUUAUAAGAACAAGAAGUCACAGGAGCAGCUGAGCGCACUCAAGCAGAGCUUCAUCCGCUGCCAGUUCCCCAAUCAAGAGGAAGUGGAGCGGCUCACCAAAAUAACAGGUUUGACGGUCCGAGAGGUACGCAAGUGGUUUAGUGACCGGCGCUACCACUACCGCAACCUGAAGGGCUCGCGUUCCAGCUCAGGGAGCCUCUUCAGUGGAAACUCCCUCCUGGACUUUGCCGACAGCCCCACCUCCUCAGACACAUCCAAAUCCCACAGUCCUCUGCAGCAGCAGCAGCAGCAGCAGCAGCAGCAGCAGCAGAUGUCCCCACCAGCCCCUCACCCACGCCGGGUCUCCCGGCAGCAAACCCCAGAUUUCACUGCCAUCCGUUACAAGGAGAGGGACCCUCACCAGGUGCGGGCCCUGGAAGCUAGUUUUUCGCAGAAUCCUAUGCCCUCUGGCGAGGAGGUCGACAGACUGCGUGCCGAGACGAAGAUGACUCGGCGAGAGAUCGAUGGCUGGUUCUCUGAGCGGCGGAAGAAAGUAGCAGCUGAGAAGAAGAGGGAGGAAGCGGAGAAGGCAGAGAGGGAGGAAGACGGUGAGGGUAUCGCAGAGGAGGAUAUGGCGAUAAAAGAAGAGUCAUCGUCUUCACAGGAAGAUGCACUGGGGCAGCAGCAAACCAAGGAUGAGAAACAAAAGGACGAUACGCUAGGCUCUGAGCCCAAAGUGAAUCCCAUAAAGAUAAAUUUGAAAAUGCUCAAAGUAACCGAGUCCAACAGUAAGGCUGAGGCAGAGGUCAGUCCACCCAGACGGGCAGAGAGCCCCAAAACUCCACCUUCUUCCAUGUCUACCCGCGGCAAAAAGACCCCCGACCAGCUGCACUUGCUGAAGCAGGUGUUCGCCCGCACCCAGUGGCCCAGCAGCCCUCAGUACGACGAGCUGAUUGCCAAGACCGGCUUGCCACGGCCCGAGGUGGUGCGCUGGUUCGGAGACAGCCGCUACGUCUACAAGAACGGCCAGCUCAAAUGGCUCGAGAGCUACCAGCAAAUGGCAGAGGAGGAGGACUACAGGAGGGGUGACAUAGAAGUAUUGAAGAAGCACCUGACCACCCAUGGGAAGCUGGAGGAGGAGCAUGUUAAGGGACUCGUGGAGUCCAGCCAUCUCAACGAGGAGCUGGUGCGGCGGUGGUUUGCCACACGAUCGGCCCUGAUGGAGGGUAAAGAUGCCGAAGAGCUGGAUGGCAUGGAGCCGACGACGACACUGCAGCAGAGCCACGGAGAGAGCGCUGGUUCCCCCAGAGCCCCAGUCACAAAUGAGGAAACGGCAUACGCUACCGAAGCCCAGUCUGUGAAUCCCGAACAAGGGACAGACUGAGGUGGAGCCGUAGACGAGCCCGCGAGGACAGGAGCGCCUGGGGUUUGUAGAAGGCCUUCAGAGAGUGUUCGUCGUAAAGACGAACAGCAACAUGCGUGAUUGUAACCAUCAGGAUGGCUGGAAGGACCGAUCCCCUAUACUCACCCUUUUUCUCAAGAAGCACAGGGGCCUCCAGCUGCUUGGGGGGUCCCUGCUGAGAGGGGCAGAGGCAUGGACUCCAUAUACCACAUGGAGGAAAGACAGAUGGAAUGGAUGCCGAGUAGGUCAGUCCUAGCUAAGGAUCCCCUAGGACUGUGGAGAAGGACUCUUGUGAAGAGUACGGGGUGCACAGUAAGAACUGGAGCAGAUUGUUUUGCAUCAUGCGUGACAAGUGUCUAGAAAAAGUGUCUUGCAUUUCUUACAUUGUAGGAACCCAUACCUUAGCACAACCUUAAGUUUUCCUCAUCUUGGAUUUUCCAACAUCCGUUAUUCAUUAAGAUGACCGUAUACAAUGUCAAAGUUCUACCAGAACUCAAAAUACCUAGGCCUAUUGUAUCAUUUUUACAGAUCUGACUAUUUGCAGAAUAAACCGAUUAUAACACCAUCAGAGUAGGAUGUUUUUUUUUCCUGAGCAUCUUUAAUAAGAAAUACAAGCACAGGCUGCAGCCAUAUUUAUACAU